AAGCUCGAGUAGGGCAUAAAUGUCGACCAAUCGCUGAGGAGCAGUGCAGAGAAAAGAGAUUGUGCGCUGUCAAGCACUUCCUGUGAUUUGGGAGCAGCUCGAGGAAAGAAUCUAAGGCGCUAAUACUCGACCUGUGCGGUGCGCAAGCCCCCUUCGCCGGUGUUCACGUGAUUCCAUGGGGACGGACGACUCUAGAGCUGUGGUGAUGGCGCCUCCAACUUCCAUCGGCGAUGAUCCAGCGAAGACUGUGAAGGAGAAGGCGGCCGAUGUCGAUAACUCAGUCGCGUUGCAGAAGAUGAAGGUGCGCUUGAAGAAAAUGAAGUUGCGCAUGAAAAAAUGCGAAAGGCGCUUGAAGAAAUUGGAAAAGAGACUGAUUCCACUGGAGUGGAAUGAGGAAGUAGGGAGCUUGUUCUACUAGACAGAGCGAGCCGUGCGGCUUCAUUCCUUCAAGCGACGAUACGUGAAUAGCUUGCAGAUUUUCCUGUUUCGGCGACGCUGCCAAGGCGCAUAACUCUUCUCAAUGAAAAAGGUGUUCAAAUUGUUUCGAUAGUCAGCAACUCAACUUCCUCUGUCUCCAUAUCUGAUUUGACCUGCUCAGUGAAUGCCAGAAGGUAGCAAUGGGUCUGAAGAAAUUGGCGAUCACCAGCUCGCUCAUGCGCAAAGCACUAAUUCCCUUCAAAUCUCUUCAAGCAAGACCUUGAGGAAGGCACAUCACCGAAGUUCUACAGCACAGUUAUCGACUUCCAGGAUACACCUUGGCAGGAAACUGUAUCAGCACGUGAACGCUCAGUGCGACAUGUUAUGUGAAGCAAUGAUGGAGCAGUAGCUGCACAUGGAACUCGAUGUGAGCUUGUUAGGUGUCGACAGCUGGAUGCGAAGGUUUGAGAGGAUGGCUUGUCGCAAGUAAGUCAUUUCCUUCGGCCCAUAUCACAAUGUGCGUGUUUGAUGCUGAAGUACAGAAAGAGGAACCUACUAGAACUCGUUUGUUACCAAGCAGCAGGAGCUCCAUCAUGUGAAUGAGAUCCGGCCCUCUAGGAAGGAAAGGCAGACACCUUGAUAAGCCACAUACAUCACGACGAAAGACUGAAGACGGCUUGAAGACAUUCUGAAUGUUGGUAGCGAGAAUUUUCGAAUUUCAUCACUACUUCAUGCUUUCAAUCUACGACACAAUGUUAAAGGGGAUUUGAUUGAGUUCUGAGAUACAUUGUGCGGGGAGUGUCAUAUCGAGAAUUUUGUCAUCCUUUUCAUAUCAAUCGGCUGAUGAGAUAUUGUAUAUCUUACAUGGCAAGUUACAUCACAAUAAGCACUGACUUCAUUAACUUUGGAUUU